AUGUCAUCUCCAUCUUUUACGGACACGAUGGAAACAUUUUCAAAUCGAGACUUACCAAGGCCUCCUAAUGCUACUAAAUUGCAGCGUACGCCUUGUAUAAAGCGGAAAUCCGUAAAUUUGAGUUUUUCUCCUGGACAGAGUUUUCUUCCUCACAAUCGACCUUCUAUUGACUUGGACUCGGUCAAUAAAAGCUUUGAUGGCUCUUCUCGUCGAAGUUAUUUUGAAUUUAAGUCUCCGCGAAGUGAGGGCAGGUUUAAGAGACCGUUUGCUCGCAUACUUGGGAAACCGCUUGAUGCACCUGUUCCUCUAGUUUCUCAACACCGAAGGUACUUUUCAGAGGGAUCCUUUCGGUUACCUCACUCGAAGACACUGUCACUGAAUUCUGAAAAUCCAAGUGGGAAACAAAACGAAAAUAUUUCCUCUCCCAAGCAAGCCUCUGUCUAUCCUAAAAAUCCUCGACGUUUGCCUGUAGAUGCAGGUUCCAACAAAGAAAAACGAUAUUUUAGUCUUGAUUCAUUAUCUUUGGGACGUAGACUCUCUGAUACCGAUAGUAGUCAAACAUUGACAAAUUCUUCUUCUCCUUUUCCUCCGCAGAACUCGAGUUCGGGUACCAUCGAUAAAGAAGAUUGCUCUAGUGCGACAUUCACGCAUAUUCCUUCCUCUUAUUCCUCUAGCACAUCUUUCCUUUCCCCAAGCCACUCUCCUCUUCUCCGUAACAAAGUCGAUUCCCCUUCCUUUAAAGCUGAUAAUCCCAUGGAUGACUUAAACUCAGAUUUUCAGCUAGGCAGCUCGAUGCCCCCUACUCCAACUAGUCUUAAUGACGGGUUCGACAGCCCUACACAUGUCACGCCGCUGCCGCCCGAUUACAAGCGAAUUAAGAAAAGGGCGAAUCUCAUUCAAGAAUUAGUUACAACCGAAGCCAAUUAUCUUAAUGACCUAAUCGCUAUUCAACAGUGUUAUGGCUUACGCGUUCAUGAAUGCAGUGUUUUGAAUGUUAUCGAUAUUCAAACUGUUUUCGGGGAUAUUGAGCCCCUCCUUACUUUUUCGGUUGAUUUUCAUUAUCGAUUAUACAAAGGAGGUGAAGGAGCUUGGCGUGUAAAUGAAAGUACGCAGCUUUUUGAUCCGUCUCCUUGCAACCUUGGCCUUGUUUUUCUUGAGAGUUUGACCGAUAUUAGCCAGAUUUAUUCCGGUUAUUGUAACCGGCAAGAUGCCGUUUUCCGUAUCAUCACUAAAUGGAGAGAGAAGCCUGCUGUCUCUUCUUGGGUCACAGAGGGGGAUCACAUGGUUCAGCAAUUUACGAAUGCUUGGGAUUUAGGUAGUUUAAUUAUUAAACCACUUCAGCGCCUUCUGAAGUAUCCUUUAUUGCUGCAAAAGAUUAUUGAUGCUACUCCGGAGAGUAGUCCUGAACGUCCUGAUCUGAUUUUAUCUUAUCAGCUUUUGCAAGAGCUAAUUGCGAAUAUUAAUCAAAAACAGAAGCCGUCUCAUAAACGUGGUUCACUCAGUACGUCACACAAACGUGAUGCUGGAUGGGCACUUUUAAAUAAAUCUUCACAUAGCAAGUCAAAGUCCGCAAGCAGCAAUGACUUCCGUAACGAUCGACGUUACAAUUUUCAGCGUUCUGUGCUUCAAGAUUUGAGAAGAAAAUUAGCUAUAAUUAAGGCCUUUCAGUCCAGUGUUGACGUCUGGUAUAUGAAUGUAUUAGAGGGAUUCUCAGUUUUCGAAAGGAUUUUAGCAAAUUUGGAAAACGUGAGUAUAUUGGAUUCUGAAGAAUCACCUGAAGCUUGGAGGAAAUUUCAUCUUCUUGCCCAUAUGAUGACUGUGAACACGGCCUCUCACAUACAACCUCAGGUAAUGUCGGAUGUGCAGGAGCCAACUGCUCACAUGGCUAAAAUGGUGCAAAAGGUCAUACAGUUUAUCGUAUCAGCCGAAUCUAUUAUUUCGUCUGAAAAACUAAAGGGUCUUCAGGAGUGCAUUGACAAUGGAUUCCAUUCAAUAGUUUAUAAGCUUUAUAUCAUACAGUGUUCUGUUUAUCAAAACUAUGCUGAAAAUGUAAUUUUUCUUAUUCCAGAAUCGCUCAAGUCGAACAUUAUUGAGGAGAGUGAAGAUUUUGCAGCACUGGUCCGCGCCUUUGAACCAAUGCAUUACGAAGACCAGCAGUGUCUUGAAGAAUGUAUGAAGAAAUUGGCUCUUUCUUCAAAUCUAUAA